AUGGAUUCUACAAAAUCGCUAUGUGCUCUUUGUCUUCUGAUUCUAAGUUUGGUCACUUAUGCUUGUGCAACACAAGUCUCUCAUGAUGGGAGAGCUAUCACCAUUGAUGGCCAACGCAGGGUUCUAUUGUCUGGUUCAAUUCACUACCCACGAAGUACUCCAGAGAUGUGGCCAGACCUUAUAAAGAAAUCAAAAGAAGGUGGAUUGGAUGCAAUUGAGACCUAUGUGUUCUGGAACGCUCAUGAGCCGGCCCGUCGCCAGUACGAUUUUUCAGGCAAUAAUGACCUAAUUAGGUUUCUCAAGACAAUUCAAGAUGAAGGACUCUACGCGGUGCUUCGAAUUGGACCUUAUGUUUGUGCAGAAUGGAAUUAUGGUGGAUUUCCAAUGUGGCUGCAUAACAUGCCUGGAGUUGAGCUUCGGACUGCUAAUGAUGUUUAUAUGAAUGAGAUGAAGAAUUUCACAACGUUGAUAGUUGAUAUGAUUGAGAAUGAAUAUGGGAAUGCUAUGUCAUCUUAUGGAGAUGCUGGAAAAGCA